AUGGAUUCCGAUAGAAAAUCGACCGUUUCGUCCUUCUAUGGUGGAAGGAAACCCUCUUUAGACGUUCUUAACCAAGACUAUCCUCCUCCUCAGGCAAGAGCAGGGGGUGCAAAGCCUGGUCGCGAUGAUGCAUCUUCAUUCUUCAAUCCGGAAAGGAGCUCUAUGGACUAUCUCACACGGUCUUCCGCAGGCUAUAACAGAAACUCCUUCGCGCCUGGAGGGAGGGAAGAGCCCAUAAAGGGUGGUAGGGACGAGGAGGAGCAUCAGAGAGAAGAUGCAUGGGAUGUCUACGCAGAUUUUAACAACACCGGCCCUCGCUAUAGCUCUGCUUUUGGUGUAGGGCAAAACGAAGCAGCCUAUUCGCAAAUACCAGCCAUGCCCUCUCCGAUGCUUAAGGACGAACCGGUAAAUGGGAGCAAGGUGGAAAUGGUCACCGUUCCUGCGCUUGGUGCAGAAUGGGGGAAGGAUGAGCUGUACCAAUCAACGAAGGCUGGAAAAAGGGAGAGGAAGAAAGAAAAAAGGGCACAAUUUUGGAAGGCUUGGAAUCGCGGGGAACGAGGGCUCUGUGGCAGUUUUACCUUUAAUACCGCCACACCUUUAGAAAAGGCCACAGGAUCAUGGGCAACGGCUGUUCCUACAGCCUUUGCCCCUUCUGUUGCCAACUUUUCAUUCCCAGCCUUUGCGGCGGUACAGGUCGACACUAAUAGCAACUUCUUGCCAAUUAGGCUCUCACAUAUGAGUGCAAAGGUUUUUGAUACCGACACCAAUCGUCAAGUAGGGACUGGCGAUUAUUCUCAUUUAACACUCCCUGCCAAAUCAUUUCCACAGCUACUCCUCCCUCUGAAUUUCACUUAUUUGGCCGCCAACUCUAGCGACCAAACAUUCACAAACUGGUAUAGUGCCUGCAAAAAUAGAGGCCUGUAUCCAGAUGGGAAGCGACCAUCUUUAAAAUUUCGUUUAGUUUUGGAAAUGAGCAUCAGGGGCCUUCCCUCAAAGCGCGGCGCCUCACUCCAAACGCCAGACGCAGAUUAUACGAAAGUGAACAUUUUCGAUGAUGGGGAAGAAUACAACGAGAUCAUUAACUCGGACUCCUUGGUAGGCUUCCAAGAUAUGCACCAUCGUACACCUUCUGCAUUCAAUCGAAAAGUCAGCUCCAACGUACGAAGACGCUCGGGUGGUGCAACGUCCCUCAAGAACCGCGCCGAUCGUGCACCUGCUGGCGAAGACGAUUCAUUCCCCAGCGUACGCUCACAACCAACUGUAGCAUUCAUGUCCCGAGGCGAUCGCUCUGCCCGUUCCACCGUAAACCUCGAUGCAUCAUCGGCUCGGACUCAGAGGGAAGCACCUCCAUCCCUCCCUCGCUUCGAAGAUCAAGGCUACCAUGUAUUUACAAGCAUGUGUACGUCGGACGAAGCCAGCGUGAGCGAGUAUAGCGGCAACUCUCGUUUCAUCAAUGAUGAAGUGGCCUCUGCUUCUGCCGGAACUGCGUUAGAAGGCGUUAGUUCUGGCCAAAUCGCUUCGUCUGAUACAUCUCCAUCUGAAGACCCUUCAGUGUGCAUCUCUAGCGAAGACUCGAGGCCUACCGAUAGCGCAGAACCGCCCAGUGGCAAUACGAAGAUGAUGCCAGUCGCUACUACUGAUCCGGGCCAUUCUGGUUUGAUCCCUUCGAUUGGAACGACGAACAAGUUUACGAACAAAUGGCCUAAACCGACGACGUUGAAGUCUUUUGAGGUCCUUCCUAAAGGUUCGAAAGGUGUUUUCAUUGGAGCUAUGGGGACUUUUCACACUGGAACUCCGGCUCUCGAGAAAGGGCAGGGAGCUAUGACUCCCAACAAUCCUACACCCAAAUGGUCAGCAUUCAAGUGGUGCCUUUUCAUAUCUAUCAUGUCGGUUUUUGCAUAUGGAACCAUGACAAUGAUCACGGCAUUAAUGACUUGGUUUAAUGCAUGGGAGAAGGCAAAUGUAAUGGUCGUGGCUGACAACGACAUUCUUAUUCUAAUGACACUCUCCGCUUCUGCACUCCUUUUAACCGCAAGCUUUGGCAUUGCUGGUAUAUUCCUGAACUCACGGAAAAUCCUUGCGAUUUACACCUUUUUGCUAUGGCCAGCAUUCUUAUCCAUCCUUGCCGUUGGUUACAAUAGCUAUAGGCGUUCCCAUCUUGCACUCGACCGCAAACUCGAUUACUCCUGGAGCCGCUUUUAUACAUCAUUGGGAAGGCGUAUGAUCCAAGAUGCCCUACAAUGCUGUGGUUACUUCAGCUCUAUGCACGAAGCUACUCCAAGCAAACGGUGCUACUUGCGGACGCCUUUGCCGGGGUGUAAAGGUGGCUUGUAUGCCUUUGAAAAAAGCAACCUUGGGAUGAUUUCAAAGGUGACAUUUUCUCUAGCGCCUCUUCAUCUCGUCAACAUGGUUGUGGCCUUGUUAUCUGCCAACCAUGUCACCCGCGUUUUCGGCAAACGAAUCAUCCCAAAGCAAUAUCGUCUAAGCCCUAACGAUGUGAAAGCAGAAGCUGAGAAACUCCUUGGCCCUGCUUUUGUGGAGUCCAGCUAUCUUGUCGAAGGCGAUGAUAAUGACUCGGAGCACAAGUCUAGGGGUUAG